AUGGUGAUUUAUCUUCCUUCCUGGCCCUCCCUGGCUCCUCCCUGGCUCCUCCUUGGCCCUCCUCCUUCCUGGUCCCUCCCUGGCCCUCCCUGGUCUCUCUCUGGUCCUCUUCCUCCCUGGUCCUCCCUGGCCCUUCCUUAUGGUAUCUCCCUUGAGUCAGGAUGGCAGAUAUUUGCAAUAUGUGUCAUAAUUGUGUCUUUGGUGAUUUUCCCCAGCAUAACCUGCCUAUCUAAAGGUCAAUUGCCUGAUGUCACGCCCACUGAGUGGAGAAUAUUUGAGUCAAACUCAAACAAGGUUCACGUCGUUCGCAACGACGCUGGGAAUCACGCGACCCAUUAG